AGUUUUGUUCUAAAUGGUCAACCUAUGAGGACAAAGAGAAAUGGGAACUUUCAUCAUUCACAACCGGAUUCGUCAGUCUACUCAUUUCCUUUGAUUAAUAAUUCGUUCCACGUCCCUGCCCCCCUCAACAAGUCCCCCUAAUUUACACUCCUCCCGCCUCCUCCAUUCCUCUCUAAGAAAAACCCUUUUUCUUUUUCCUCCUCGGCAUCAAGAUUUUGUGCUAGCUAGCAGCUUCGAGCAACAUUUAGUUUUAACCACAAUGGGUUUUGAUGAUGUUUGUAACACUGGCCUUGGUCUUGGUCUAGGCUGCCUUGUCAAGCAGGAACAGUUCUCGCAGUCCGAUCAUCAACAAAAGAAGAAGAAAUUGUUCCUGAAACAUGAUCACUUUUUCCCAUCUCUUACAUUAGGUCCAUCGGAUGACAUAUACCAAUCUGCUACAAAGAUUGAUGCCAGUAAAGCACAUGGCGAAUCCAUAGAUUUGCAUCAACAAACCUCUUCUCUCAGUGCAGUAUCUUCGUUUUCUAACUCUAGUGUUAAGAGGGAGAGGGAUUUUGGUGGUGAAGAGGUAGAAUUGGAGAGAGUAUCUUCAAGGGUCAGUGAUGAAGAUGAAGAAGGGAGCCCCAGAAAGAAACUUAGGCUUAGCAAAGAGCAAUCUGCCAUUUUAGAAGACAGCUUCAAAGAACACAGCACUCUUAAUCCUAAACAGAAGCAACUUUUAGCAGAACAGCUGAAUCUAAGGCCACGGCAAGUGGAAGUAUGGUUCCAAAAUAGGAGAGCAAGGACAAAGCUGAAACAGACUGAAGUAGAUUGUGAGUUACUGAAGAAAUGUUGUGAGACGCUAACAGAAGAGAACAAGAGGCUGCAGAAGGAACUGCAAGAGCUUAAAUCACUGAAACUAACAGCAUCUUAUUGUAUGCAGCUGCCUGCAGCCACCCUCACCAUGUGCCCUUCCUGUGAGAGGGUUGCCAGCGGGGGUGAAGGCCCUUCAACUAGCCCUUUUACAAUUGGACAGAAAUCUCACUUUUUCAAUCCCUUCACUCACCCAUCUGCAGCCUGCUAGGCAACUUGUUGAGGCCAUAGAACAGUAGCUAUUUUUGUUCAAGGCUUAUGUGUCAAAUAUAUAUAUAUAUAUCUGUACGGAGUAAUUGAAUCUUAAAAGACUUAUAUCUAUAUAUAUUCCUUGUAUAAAUGAAAUAUUUGUACAUUUUUAGCAGAAACUGAGAAGAUAUUGUUCUUCUCAUCUGUUUGAAAAUUUAAUUUACUAUCCUUACUGAUUUUUAUUUAUUUAGUCAACUUAGGCCAUAUUGUAAGAGGCAUAGAGAAAUGGAGAUUUAUUUCCUUUUUAACAGAAUAAUGGGACUGUAAAUUACGUAUUUUCUUAAA